AUGCCCUUACUUCGUGUAACAACUUUCAAGAAUGAGCACUUAUAUUCUGCCCAAGAAGACCUUGAAGUUUCUUAUAGUACAAGGUGCACACUGACUUCAUCUAUAAUUGAUGAUGCAGUAAGGUCUAAUGUGGAAAAAAGACCCAAUGAAAUCAAAGCUGACAUAUAUAGAGACUAUGGCAUAAGUCUAACUUAUCGUCAAGCUUUAAGAGCAAAAGAGAGGGCAUUGGUGGAAAUAAAUAGGCUUCCUGACCAAUCAUAUAUGCUUGUUCCUUGGUUGUGUAAUAGACUAAUGGAGACUGAUACUGACACUGUAGCAAAAUGGGUAGCUUCUGAGAACAAUAGAUUUGAAUGUUUAUUUAUUGCAUAUGGUUAUUCCAUUAAAGGAUUCUUGUUUGGGGCUAGGCCUAUUUUAUAUAUGAAUGGAUGUUUCCUCAGUGGUCCUUAUAGGGGCACCUUACUGGCAGCUUCAACAUACGAUGCUGAUAAUGAGUUGUUUCCAUUAGCUUUUGUAGUAGUUGGGAGUGAAACUCAUGAUGAUUGGACUUGGUUUUUGCAAAAUAUUAAAGAUAUCCUUGGUUCGCUACAGGUAACUAUUGUUUUUGAUAGAAAUAAUGCUAUUAUUGGUGCUGUUAGAGCCAUAUUUAGUGGUGAUAGACAUGCAUUUUGCUAUUGA